CAGUCCAACCCGCACACUCCAGGACCCCCAACUUGCAGCUGCCUACCUUACCCACAGCUCUGGCCUCAUACUCACCCUCUAAUGGCCAUGGCUCAGUCACUGGCUCUAAGCACCUUUGUCCUGGUCCUGGCCUUCUGCAUCCCCUGGACCCAAGGCAGUGGUAGAGGGGCACUGGACUGUUGCCUCAAAUACAGCGUAAGGAAGAUUCCCGCUCCACUUGUCCGCAGCUACCGGAGACAGGAUCCAAGCUUGGACUGCCCCAUCCCAGCUAUCCUGUUCUCACCUUGGAAGCGCUCUCAGCGAGAACUAUGUGCUGACCCUAAGGAGGCCUGGGUGCAGCAGCUGAUGCAGCGUCUGGACACAUCACCAGUCCCACAGAGACCAGUCCAAUGUUGUAAGAAGAACAAGUCUAACAAGAAAAGAAAGUGCUCCAAAGGCUGUAAAAGGACUGAACAGACGCAGACCCCUAAAAGGCCAUAGCCCUGUGACCAGCCUGGGGCCCAGGAGACCCUCAUCAGCCUCACCAGGGUUUGAAGCCCCAAUCCAAGGGGCAAGAAGAGGUCUAGGAGAGAGAGAGGACUCAGGGGCCCCAGAGCAGUCCCUCCACCCCCAUACUGGCCUUGUCUCAUCACUUCUCUUGCUUCAACCAUCUGUACUUGUAGCCCUACCUGCAUGGCUGAGUUGCUCGCACCAGGCCAGGCCCAGAAAAGCAGAGAAGGCAAUGUGAGAGGAGGCAGCAGGACUGCCCCCUCUGAGGAAAAGUCACCCAGGACCCUGGACCUGAUCCUGCUCCCCACUGCACCCAACCUGUUCCUUAUAAAUAAGAUUUAUACAAAACUGAAUAAAAAGCUGUUCU